CAAACUAACAAAAAACGACUUAAAGGACUCGAACGUGAGGUUUUGUGCUAUGCCGCUAUUCUCACUGCAUGCAUAAUUGGCCCGUGACGCGGGAAAUAAGUAACUCCUUUAAAUUCUGUCGUGUUGAGCACGAGCGCAGGUGGCAUGAUGCAUUGCGGCCCUUGCUUAGAAUUACUUGGUUUUUGCGCGUCUCUUGGCCAGUUCAAAGGAGUUCAGUGGAAGGGACUUCCAAGUUUCGCCCCUCCCACCUCCCCUGGUGGCGGUUAAUGUCGCAUACCCUCACUAUACGGAAUGCCUAUUGCCCUGGCAGUCGCGGUUUCCCCCCAUAACUUAUUUCUCCAUGUCGGGACAUUAAGUAUGCAGUGCGAAUAUUAUACAACAUCACGUAAGUAAACAUACUCGUUAGUGGUUUAGUGAAAAAUCAAGAUUGGGGAUCAUGGAUCAAAGAUUGAGGAGCAAUAAUCCUUAUGGUUUUUGUUUAUUAAUGACUUUUAUUUAACUUUUGCUUAAUUUACCCUCAGCGUUUUGGAAUCAGGGAUCAUUAUUCUAGCUAGCCAUUAGAGUGGUAAUUCCAGAAAAAAAAAUAAAAAAGCUUACGAUGAAUGAGAAUGAAUUUUAAAAACUCAUGAGGAAAAGCUCCUUCCCAUUAAAAAUUGUCCCGUGAGUAGAAAUUCUUUUAUUUUAAAGAUGAUGAUUGUGUAGUUCCAGAAAAUAUCCACAUCCCAACGGAGGGCAUCGGAAAUUCCGGAGGGAAGGAAGGGUCCAAAAGGAGGCAAUUUCCUGGGGGAUUGGGGUGGCCUCUCGAGGUUUUAUUUUCCAGAGGCUCCUGGUAAGAUUCGUGAGUUAUUAAAAACUAACAGCUGCUUUGUCAUUAACCGGUGUGUCAAAUCAAAAAUUAUCGUUUGCAUUGAUCAUCUUGUAUUUGUGGUUGUCUGAAUGGAUGACAGACGGCAUCAUUCGUGUAGUCAGCAGUGUAAGGUAUGGCCUGCAUGGUUAAUUAUUAGCUGUUAAAGAUCUCGUUAAGGGAAAAUUGAGAUUAUUAGACAAUGGAUUAAUAUGAAUAGAAAGAUUUUUUUCUCACUUUUCGCAGAAGCAAAUACCUUUCGCUUAAUAGUAUUGUGCAACAGCAUUUUUACGCAAAUAAUUUCUUCCAACCAAGUUGGAAAAUCACAGAAAUGCCAUUGGGUGGGUGAGGGGGGGGGGGGGAUUUAUGACAAGCUCGCCCUGAAUUGGAAAUUCUUGGGGUCUGGAUGUUCUAAAGCAAAAGUGUCCUCCGUGUGGCCUUCUGAUCCAGAUGCAAAAUGUUAGGUUGCGAAGUUCUGUCAUGCGUGUCCCCUCUUUUUUGUCUUUUCUUGCCUUUUUUUUUUUGCUGGACAUUUAGUAGGCUUCAUUUUGAUGGGAAAAGGUUUUUAGGAAAGCUUUUAGGAUUAUAGAAUUAGAGGAAGGGAACGGUAGGGGGGUAGUGGAAAAGUAUUUUCAUGGAAACUUUCAGCUCAAUGUUGCGUGUUUUUUUCUUUUCCUUUCUCUGGUGUCCUUGACUGAAUUGUUCUCAUUCUGGUAUGGUUUGAAUUCUUCACUCUGCACAAGUUAGCGGACAGAGUUGUCCUUGACCAUUGAAAUUGAUGACGUCACAAACAGUAGAAGUGACGAAGUUGGGGCGAAUUGGUUGAUAAAGAAAAUAUAUUCCUGGGAAGUGGGUGUUUCUCCUUUGUCACAGCGCGUUGUUCAUUUGAUCCUUGUGGUCUUUUGUUUUCUGUCCGUAAAUGAAUUCGUUAACAUCAACUGAAAUAUCAGAUGACUUUCAUUGUUAGGCUAGUGUUUUAUGAACCUGCAACCAGGCACCUUUAAUUUUCUCCUUAUUAAAAAGAGAGAGAGAGAGAGAGAGGUACGAAAAAUCAAACAAAAUCAAGUUCUGAUUCCUGAUCCUUGAUCCCCGAUCCCGUGGUUUUGUUUUAUGGAUAUAUUUUAUAUGCGUUAUAUAUCAAUAGGCAAGAAUAGGGUUAUUUUAAAAUAACAAUGUUGUUUCCCCUCCAGUAUAUUACAUCCCCACCUCUCCUACCUCCUUAAGACAGCAGCGGACAUUUGCGGCAGAGAUUUCACCUGUAGUGUUAGGGCAUGCAUUUCUUUGAUUAUCAUGUGUAGUGCCUCUUGAGUACCGUUUUACUGUUUUUUUUCUCUCUGUUAGAAGCCCCAUCAGCCUCAAAUCUUAAGAUUUGUCGCAUGGAUCCGAAAACUGGCUGUGCUACAGGAUAUGAUCAGGUCUACUUACUUUGUGACGAAGUGCAGAAAGGUAAUCAAGUGUCUUUUUAGGUGCUUCGAUACAGUUUUUCGGAGGCCAUACCGAUAUUUUUCAAUUGCCUUAAAACUGAUCUUGUCCUUGUUCGAUCGCUAUAAAAUUUUCACCAGUGAUUGACUGUGAAUUGACAUUUGUCAAAUUGCAGGUUUAGUAAAAUCGAAAUCACUGUGACAACAAUAAACAAAUUUGCGCGAUCUAGACCUACCACUGAAAAGCCGAUUAAGGCGAUUGAAAAAUAUCGGAAUGGCCUCCGAAAAACUGUAUUGAAACACCUUAAAUUUCGGGUGCACUCUGAGUUUCUUUAUUUGUCAUUGUAACGUAGAGAGCGUGCUGGCCCUGUGUAUUUGCCAUGGGGCCACCAUGAUGCCAUGAUAUCAGGACUGUUCUAUGUGAGAUGACGUGUUCAAUUGUAAACUAGGAUUUCAGCAAAUUCUCCCGAGAACUUUACUUACAAGUUGGACUUCUAGCCACUCAAACGAACAGCCAAGUGGUGUAAAUGAAUUUAUUUAAGACGGAACAUUUCAAUUUAACGUUUGUGUUUGAUAAUAAGAAAAAAAUUCUUGUUACUUUUGCAAUUUUUGGGAAAUUUGCAGACUUCUCGAUAGCCUUCUUUGCCUUUCGCCUUUAUAAGUCUGAACGUUUGCGAAUUUUGUUAAUAUUGUCAUGCUUGUGAUAAUUGUUACCGUGUUGUUCUUGUUGCAAUAAAAUUUCUUGUUACUUUUGCGAUUUUCUCGAAAUUUGCGGACUUUUAGAGGGCCUUCUUUGCCUUUCUUCUUUGGCCGUCGAUAAAACCAGGAAAAUGGAACAUUCCGGAAGAUCCCGGAACAUGAAAAAAUUAAAAUAAUUUUUUUAGAAAAAUAAUAAAUAAAUGAAAUGAUAAUAAUAAUAAUUGUAAUUAUAAUUAAAAAUGAAAUGAAUAAAAAGUAAUAAUAACAAAAUAAAUAAAAUACCGUAAAAUUCCGAAAAUAAGCCCCGGGGCUUAUAUUUUUCAAAGACCCUUUUUUGAGGGGCUUAUUUUUUGAGGGGCUUAUAUUCAAAGGGGCUUAUGUACGGAGGUAAAUUUGCGUUUCAAAAUCGAUUGGGCUAGCUUAUAGUUGGGAGGAAAUUUGCCGUUUUAGCUGUGUUUUACUUUCUAUUUGAGGGCAAUUUCCAAGUACAAGCUCCCAGGGGUGUUAUCUUCGGAGGGGCGAUGUAACGGAGGGUUUUUUUGCGUUACGAGUUUGGGGGGCUUAUAUUUGGAGGGGCUUAUACAAGGAGGGGCUAAUUUUCGGAAUUUUAUGGUAACAUAACAUACACUGCUCUCUUCAAGAUACCUCCUUUUAAUCAGCAAUCUCGUACACCGGUCGGAUGCUCUGAGCGACGAAGGACUCGUGGCGAGCUACUGGGCCAAAUACAAGGUCCGUGUACGACAUGCGUCCUGCGUACGACUAGGAUCCGCACUGCAUUAAUUGCCGUUGCAACAUUUCCACUGUUGAGCUUUGACUUUAAAAUCUUUCUUAUCCUCCUUAAAUCUUCUUUCGAUAUUGACGGUUUCAUGUCACUUCACUUCACAUCAUCUGCCUCCAGUACUACCAGGUACUUACACCCGUCACGUUCCUGAUGUUCUCUCUGAUGGAUAUGGCAUCCGUUAAAGCAAUUCCUUUGCAUGCACAUUUCCUUAUUCCGAAUUCCAGUCCAAUAUCUUUGGUGAAAAUUCGGGCAGUAUUCACCAGGGUGUGCACUUGCUUUUCAUCCAUCCCUUAUAAUUUCAAACCAUCCAUAAACAGAAGAUGAUUAAUAAGGCCUUUCCUGUUUCUCAUAUCAUACCCCAGCUUUUAUCUCAAUACCAUAGAGGAAUGAGGGCCACAACAAAUAGCAGUGGAGUGGAAAUUUUGUCUCCGUAUAUUCACAGUGUGAAUUUACCAUACAGUGGCUAUCCUCCUGUCACCAUUUCCAUUUUCCAUUGAUCCAUACUUUUUUCCCAAAAGCUUGACCAUAUUCUCUGCUGCUUCAAACAUUUGCAACAUUUGAAUGUGGGAUCAUAUCAAACAGUUUUUUACAGUCCGCCCACGCCAGAAAAGAAGGCAGAAAAUCUGAGAAUCGUAGAAAACGUCCAAGCCUUGAUUGCUGGUGAAAAUCUGUCAGCCUUAUCCUUUUUUGAAACAAAAUGUAAAUCAGUUUCUUGUGUUGAUUGAUGCCUCUUGUGUUGUAGAUGAUAUUGAAGUUGUGUUCUACGAGAUUAACCCUUAUACUGGCAGGAAAAUAUGGGAAGCUAAAGGGAUCUUUGCUUCUACAGACGUUCACAGAAAGGUGCAGUUUUUUGGCAAAAAUAAUAAUUUGAAAUCAAUAUCUAUCCUUAUUGUUAAACCUUGAUAAAACAAAGGACCGACUGAUAUAUCUGUUGUAUCUGAAUUAUUAUAGGUUGCCAUAGUGUUCAAAACACCUGCCUACAGGCAUGCUAACACUGAACGUCCUGUUAAGGUUUUUGUUAAACUGAGGCGGAAGUCUGACCAGGAAACCAGUGAACCUGUGGAGUUCACUUAUCAACCACACAUCAUUGGUAUGUGGCUCGCUUUAAGGCAGAGUACUUUUAGUUAAAAACAAAAAGAGCCAAAAUCUUAACUAGCUUGCGAACGCAGACGUAUUUCCCACCCAAAAGACGUCUCCGUUCGCAGGCUAGGUCUCAUCAGAAUCACAAAAAGUUAAUUAAGUUAAAAACAAUGAGGAAUGGCUUGGAUGGUUUGUAGAAUCAACUAAAGCUGUGGACAUAGACUUUGCUUAAAAAAAACACCGGUAAUUAUGUUACACAAUGUUGUGUAAAUAGUAAAUACCACAGGGAGAGGGUGUUUAUUGAAUCUAAUGUAACGCGCAUGACUGUGUUCAAAAGCUUUCUUUUCAUCAGUUUUUUUUUCAGCCUUACUCUUAUAAUAAGACUUUUCUCUCCUACCAAGGAUUUUAUCAUUGCCCAAAAUCGGAAGUCUUUAAGAACAAAGAGUACAAAAUUUGAAAGAACUUUGGUCUAAUAGCUUUAUUUUGACUUGGUUUAUGAGUAGUUAGUUUGGGUUGCACUGGUCCAUAUGCGAAUUCCUUUGCAAACUACACACAAUUACAGACAUAAAUGUUAUUAAUAAAUGGGAAAAUUUGAUUUGAUUUUAGCGGGAUGUUUUUAUAAAUUCUUGUUCUUAGAAGAAGAGCCAUUUUAUGCAGAAAGGCGGAAGAAGAUUCCUCGUUUCUCAGACCAUUUUCAAGGGGGAAUGGGAAGCCCACCCAAUGUGAGUGGCCCAGGUGGAGGAAGUUUUGGUAGUAUUCCUGGCUUCCUGGGCUUCACUAAUGAGGGUGAGUUUAACAGACAUUAUCAUGCACAUUUACGUUUAUAUGAGCUAUGAAAUCUAUGGUCCUUUUAACGUAGAUUGUAGCCUGACGCAUAGUUCUGUUCACGCUGGUUCCAUGAUUCUUUUCAAACUUGUGACUGUAGUUUUUUCUUAUAAAGUUGCUUCAGCUGUAAUUCGUUUGUCAAAUACCUCUUUGUAAUUGUUCGUUGCUUGUUUAGUUUGUUGUGAAGAAGAUAAUAGAAAAGCGAUUUGUUUUAAUGGAAGAUCUUGCUGACUUGGUCAGAUUAGAUCAAAUUUAAAGUUUAGCCCAUUGCCUAGUUUCAAACCAAGAUGGGCUGGUACUAGUCUGUGUUUUAUUGGGUAAACAAUAUGAGACCCACAAGGUCAGAGAGAGGCUGAAGUUUGGUGUUGGGGCCAGUAGUGAACAAAAUACAGAUACCUAAAAACUUGAAAAUUUACUAGGAGAUGUGUGGAUUGCCGGACACACUGUCUGAACGUCCAUAUUUUUUGGAGUUUUUGAAUGGUUGUAUCUCGCAAAAUAUACGCCCGCGAUAAACACCAAACUCGAGGAUUUUGUUAAUCUUGGUUUCCUAUUUCUAAACUUGUGGGUCUCGUGUUGUUUGCCCCAUUAUACAUGGACUCGUUCUUGAAAUUAGGCACUGAAUUAAGGUGGCUUGAUCCAGUAUUUUUGUAGGUAUACCUUCCACCUUUGAAUCUCCUAGACUUAAAGAAAUUUAUCUUUAUUGUAAAACCAUCUCUGUUUUCGUGAAAGCAGCCUUUGAAAUUACAAAAGGAACUCGGCAUUGCGUUUUACCCCGAUUUACAAGUUAUCGUGUUUUUCGAAACUACGCAAGUCUUCUUGAAUUUAGCCGGUUGUAGAGUGUAUGAUGGUCAUUUACAAAACGAAUGAGUGAUAAAAACUUUUCAGAAACAUCCAAAAAGUAACAAAUUUGUCCGCGUCAAGUCUAGUCUUCAGUUCAUGCGUAAUUUAUGCCCUUUUUGUAGAAAUUGUAAGAUAUCUCAAAAUUCCUCCUAGAGAUUUUUGUGAAACUUCGCACAAAAGAAGACAAGCACCCAAAGUAUAGGUAGCGUCGGGCAUUUCUAAAAAAAAAUGCCGAUAAGGGCUGCAAUUCGAUUAAGAGCCAAAACUAUUGUGACGUCAUUGUCACUUGACAUUUAUUUCGAUCGCCCCCCAAAAAUAUCAUAAUAAAGUUUAGUCUAUGUGUAAUACAUGAGAUAUAAUGGUUUUACAACAAAGAUAAAUUGUUUAAGUCUAGGAGAUUCAAAGAUGGAAGGUGUACCUACAAGAAUACUGGGUCGAGCCACCUUAAGGUAUUCGGACUGUAGCGGAAGUGAAAAAGUAGGAGCAAGGACUGGAAUGCACUGAGAUGGAAGUAACUGUACUUGGACGGUGACCUGAACACGGAUUUCUUAGCCAAGAAAGCAUCCACCCCUGAAUGUAAACAACUAAAAGCUCUCAAGACCUUGCAAUUUAAACAACUUAUCGAUGAGCCUACUCGAAUUGCUUCCAACGCCAUUACCUUGAUAGAUUUAAUAGCAACAAAUAAUCCUCAGAAUAGCAGUGAUUCGGGUGUUAUAAGUGCCAGUCUUAGUGAUCAUGAGAUGAUUUAUUGCGUCCGAAAACUGAACUGGGAAAAGGCGCCAGCCCAAAUGAAAGCAUUUAGGAACUAUGUGAAUUUCUAUCCUGUAAAGCUUUGUGACCUCAAAGGGGUUGAUUUAAGCCAUGGUUCGCACGGGCCUUGAAAAGUCUUUACUUCAUGUUAUUGGGGAAAAGAACUCCUUGAAAAAAUGAUUUUAGUCCUUGAAAAGUGCUUGAAAAGUCCUUGAUUUUUUCCCAAAAACGGCUACAUGAACCAUGUAAGCCCUACGCACGAAGCAUCCGUCCCUGACGGAGACCUUGAGAGUGUAAGUGUUAAUUAUCUCUGGGAUUUUUUUCCAAAACAUUUUUGUCUCCAUUGCUAAUCGGCACACGCCCGUCAUGCAUAAACGCGUGCGUGGGUUAGACAAUUGUCCAUGGUUAAACAGUGAUAUAAAGCGCGAUAUGAGGGAACGUAAUUUUUUCUUUAUGAAAGCAAGCAAAACACGCCUUUCAGAGAACUGGACAAAAGACCGCUACUUCAGAAAUCGCGUCACUGGUAAGAUUAUAAAAGCUAAAGAAGCCUAUAACAGGCGCGGUGUUAUCGAGGAGGAUGGUCAUGACAGUAAUGCUUUCUGGGGAACAGUGAAAAAACUUUUGCCUGGUGAUAACAAGGAACCUUUCAAUCUUUCCAGUGACAAGCGUUCAAUUGGUAAUGCAUUUAAUAAGUACUUCACAAACGCUGUAAUUUGCCUUGUAGACUCCCUUAGGAGUGCUGUGGCUCCAGCGUGCAGUAGUUUAGCCUGUAGAAGCUCUAGCUUACCUGUGACGCGUCGUCACCCUGUAUUUCAGUUUACUGACGUGACCGAAAGUUUCGUACUGAAACAGCUUAAAGGGCUAAAGACCAUAAAAGCUGUUAGCCUGGACGAUGCUAUUAUCAUGAGGCCUCUUACAGCGAUCAUUAAUGCUUCUCAAGUAAAGUUCCAGAUGCUUGGAAAGCAGCAUAUAUGUUUCCCUUAAACCGCUGGAGAGGGCUGUCCAUGUGCAACUAAAUGAUUACUUACUGGAGCAUAACAUUUUGAGCCCAUAUCAGUGUGGUGUCAGGAAACAGCGUCCUACGGAAUUUGCGGCUUUAUCUUUAGCUGAUACAAUAAGACGUAACAUUGAUCACGGUCAAAUGACUGGAGCUGUUUUAUAGACUUCGGCAAGGCCUUUGACAUCGUGAACCAUUCCCAGCUAUUAAAGAAUAUUUAUGCCCUGGGUAUUGUAGAUGAAGAAUACGAGUGGUUUACUAUAUAUCUGAGUAAAAGAACUCAGGUUGUUGGGUUUCAGGGAUCUUUCUGAGACUCUGAAUCUAUUUGUGUUGGUGUUCCCCAAGGAUCGAUCAUCGGACCUCUUCUAUUUGUUGUGCUUCAUGUGAACGAUUUACCCACUAUUGCCCGCAAGUGUAGUGUGCUAAUGUAUGCUGAUGACACUGUCUUAUUCUAUUCUGGAAGGUUGCUGCUUCAAUAAUCGAGAAAAGUGUCAAUGAAGAUCUUGAUCUAAUUGGAUCGUGGCUCCAUGAUAACAGCCUUUUCUUAAGUGCGGUUAAGACCGAGGCUAUGUUGUUUGGAACUUACGCUAGGCUUUCUGAUGCAGAUUUUGGUGUAACGUUUAAGGGCCGACCCAUUAAUCGUGUUUAGGAGUUGUAUUUGAUGAACAUUUUUCUCGGAAUUCUCAUUUUAAGUAUGUAUUAUCCCGAUUCCCGAGCUGGUAAACGACGGGGAAUGCUUGCACGCAUUAGGUGGAAUCUUACAUCUGGCUGUGUUUAUUCCAUUUACACAGCUUAUAUUCGUCCUAUUGUGACACCGUGUGGAAUUGUUGCAGUGUUGGCAACAUUUCUUCUAGAGAGGCUUCAAAGACGUGACGCUAAAAUUGUUUCCAACAUGAGCGACGGUGACAAAGCUGUAGAUUAUCUUAACUAGCCAUCUCCGGUAAAUAGACGAGAGAACCAUGUUAAUGAACUCGUUAUCAGAGGCAGUAAAGGACAAUGCCCGCAAUGCCCGCAAUCCUUUCACUGUUUCUAGAACUACUUCACUUUUAACAGUUCCGUAGACAAUCGCACCACUAGGCAAAUGAACAGGUUGCCCUAGACAUGGACAUAGGACAUAGGAUGUAAAAAUAUGUAAAAUACAAGUAAUAAGUAAUGGUAACAGGACUGAGUGGAGUCCAAUUCGGUCUGUAAUCAUGAUCAUACGAGUGAUAAACAAAAUCGGACGACCGCGUAGCGGGAGUUCGAUUUGUUUAAUCACGAGUAUGAUUACAGAUCAAAUUGGACGACACGCAGUUCUGUUACCAGUUAAUCAUAACUUUAACAAAAUUUGUGAUAUAACAGGCUAUUUUUUACAUCAAAACACAAGAAAUUCGACAUUUUCUUUUGCUAGCUUGAAAAAAAAAAGCCAUUUAAGCGCGCGCUUGAUGGCGCGUACUGUCCAAUUACUUGGGCAUGACGCGUACUGUCCUAUUAAACUGUCCAAUUAAGGCUGAAAUCAGGGCAGUUGAUAGCCAAUCAGAUUUGACAAUUUUGUUAUAGUUAUGAUUAUAAAAAAAAUUGACAUAUUUGUAAUUUAUAAUGAGCAUAAAAGGCAUUUACAAUUUUCGUCGAGGGGAAGUUUUUAAUUUGGAUAAAUGUUUUUUAAAAGUAGCGAGAUCCCGGGCUGAUGAACUUCUGCUGGCAAAUUGUUUCAGGUGCGACAUGCUCAUGCGCAUUUCUUCCUACCUCUAUAUAAAAAUGGCGCCUCCGGGCUGGCCCUUUUCAUGUAAUACCGGGUCGGGAUAAAAGUUACCUCGGCAGAGCUAACGAGCUCAGCUUAUGUAAUCAGGCCCUCGCCGUGAGUUAUAUUGUCACGCAGAUUGCACGUGAAAGCUUUGGAAUUUGCCGCUUUCGUGGUUCGUGUAUGAGAGACUACGACUUAAUCUAAUUAACCCAAGGGUUUUAAAAAUAACUGUCAUGAACGGAGUUUGCGCGUGAAGAGGUUGGACUCCUUCCCUUGUACGGUUCGAACGUGAAAGAUUGCAACUUGUUUGCGAGAUCAUUUUGCUCAAAAAGAUUUUGAGAAAUCACAUCCUUUCCGAAAAUCUGCAAUGAAAUUAUACAUCAUUCAAUGUUACCCUUAUUUAUCUCAUGCAAGAUCACUGAAUUUUGCGUGACAUCUUCUUUGGCUCUCGACAAAUGAAGGCGAAAAUAUUGUCAAACUCUUGACAAUAAGCCAAACACGUCAAUUCCAAUUAUUUCGACAGAUUUACCCUCAAAUUUCUGAAAAAUCGCCCAGCAAAAAAUCGUCCUCUUAGAGGAUAUGUCCUUACUGGCAAUGAAUAGUCUGUAUGGUCCGGAGGAGAAACAUUCAAGCCGUGUGCUGCGCGGACAAUUAUUUUCCAAAGGAAUAAUGUAAACUAUUUCAUACUUCGUUUCACUCAGUGUUCAUUGUUUUUACAAUACGUUUGAUUUCUUUUGCCAAUUUGUUUGCCGAGCGUUAUCUGUGGGAUUUAUGUCACGAGGAUAAAUGCUGUGUCGUGAUACAUCGCGCGGCAGGAAUUCUGGUGGCGUCGCUUGGCUUGUUUACGUUCGCACGUAUUGCGUGCCUAUUGCAACUUCGAAUCAAAACAAGCGAUCUCAAUUACUCUAUUUGGGCGACGCCCAAAUCACAAGUCUUUAUAACCUUUUUUUCAAAACACUGUUGUGUGAAAUAGAUUAUGCACACGCGUGUCAGAAACACAAUACGUUAUAUCGAAUCAAUGGCAAACAAGCUUUCAGCACCACAGUUGUGUUGUCACCGUAGCGAAGCGUUCAAUAAAGGAUUGCAGGACGACUUUAAACAAAAAAAGUAAUAUAGAUAUUUCCCGUGUGUGGAAUUACUGAAAAUGUGAAGCUGAUCUAAUGGCAGUGCAGAGAAACUCGUAUUUAAAAGAGACUAGUUAAUGUGUCCAUGGAACGACAACCAGAUACUUCUUAAAGUCUGUCUAUUCAAAAUCAAGUAAUAUGUAGUGUUAAUUAUUAUUUAAUCUAUUGCUGUUACAGCCUUGACUGCCUCACCAAGACCACACAAGAACACGGAAGGAAGGAAGGUUCAAUAUUUUUUCUCUUUCUUUUCAUGAAGAGCUGUAUUUUUUAUGCGAGUAUUUUAUGUAGCGGCCCAUUGAAGUGACUUUUAUGACGAUGUUAGGCAUUUGUAUGAAUUACAAUACCCGUAUUGUAGUGUCAUUGACAUAAAAAGUUGUUAAGAAUGCAACUAGAAGUUAAUUUUCCCAAUUCAUAACUUUCAACAUUCACACGAAACCCUCUUAUAAUAGCCGUACGAGAAGUGUGCUUCCAAAACUUCCAAAAUUAGCAUCUUGAAUUUCAUCUGUCUUUGAUGGACGUGUCUCUUACCUAGGCACGAUUUUCGUCGCUCUCUUGGUCCUUCCCGAGAAGGAGGCGGAGGGGAGGAGUGCGGGCUCAUUUCCCGAACAGAGCCUGCUAAUCGAUCCUAGUAUCCUGUCUCAAUAUGAAGAGAUAACAGUGCACAUAAUUUUUAAAUUAACAUUGAAGCAAAUCAAAUAAGAGUAGACGUGCAACAUAAAUAGUGCUUAACCCAUUAUGUCUUUAGGUCUUGGGUUCCCUGAUGCCUCGUUGUUAUUGUCUUCGUUUUUGCAGGCUCGCUAUCCUGAGACCACUAGAAAAACCACACUACAAAAUCAGGAAUCCGGAAGGAGUGCCGUGUCUUCUACCAUGACAGUCCUAAACAUCACUCUCCUUGGUGAUGAGUGGGCAUCAUCAGCUGGGGGGCUCUCAACGUUCAAUAGAGAGCUCGCGAUUCAUCUUUCAGAUAACCCAGCAGUGAAAGUUUCUUUGCUAGUACCUGAAGGAGCUUGCACGUGGCAAGAAAAGCAAGAAGCUGAUAGCUAUAACAUCAGUAUUGUUGAGGCAGAGGCACUUGCCGCAUUUGAUCGUCUUGAUUGGUUGAGCUUUCCACCCAAGGACCACGUCAUGGACAUCGUUGUUGGUCAUGGCAUUAAGCUUGGCCGGCAAGGACAAGUCAUGAGAAACUCUUAUCAAUUCCCAAAUUCUAAGUGGGUACAAGUGGUACAUACUGCUCCAGAGGACCUUAGCAAAUACAAGAGUUACACUGAUCCCAUUUCGAGAGGUGAAACAAAGCAUCAGGCCGAAGUCGAACUUUGCAAACUUGCUGAUCUGGUUGUACCUGUGGGACCCGGACUGGGAGAAGCAUACUCUUCCUAUUUAAAGCGAUUUAAGACAGAUCAAAAGGUCUCUCCGAUUACGCCAGGUCUUUUUGACAGGGAGUUCGGGGAUCUAACGCAAUCUUUUCAUGCUCAUUCCGUAUUUAAAGUGCUGUUAUUUGGUCGUGGUGACGACAAGGACUUUGAACUUAAGGGAUACAACAUUGCUGCCCAAGCAUUUACUGAUCAACGGCUAAAAAACAAGCCAUAUCAUCUACUGUUUGUGGGAGCACCUGAAGGAAAACAAGAAGAGGUUAGAGUGAAGCUUAUUCAGCGUGGCAUUGCCGAAGCACAGCUGACUGUUAGGAAAUUUAUACGAUGUAGAGACAGAAUGAAGGAUUUGCUGUGUGAAGCUGACCUUGCCAUCAUGCCGUCAAAAUCAGAAGGAUUUGGCCUUGUUGCCCUUGAGGCCUUGUCAGCAGGCCUACCUUUUCUUGUUGGAAGUAGGUCGGGGUUUGCCAAAGCGUUAGAAAAUGUUCCUCAUGGUACUGCAUGCAUCGUGAAUUCAGAUGAUCCUGUAAAGUGGGCAGAAGCGAUUGAAGCUGUUCGUAUCAGGCAUGCAAUGCGGCUUCAAGAGAUGAAAGUAUUGAGAGCAUCUUAUAGAGAAGUAUUCAGUUGGAGUGAACAAUGUAAUGCCCUUGUUAAGAGAAUGUGGAAAAUGGUCCACGGUUAA